AAUAGAAAAGUGGCGGGGAGGGAAGAGAAUAACCAUAGAAUUGUUUCCGUUUCCCCUUCUCGAUACGCAUCACGGUAUGUGAGUCGGGCAACGUUUGACACUCACGAAGGAGUGUCGUUCAUGAGCAGUUAAAAGAGACUAUUACGAUCAACUCGUGUUCAUGUAUCUGAUACUUUGACAUCGCUUCAUACGGUCUGUAUCAUCAAAGUUUAAGUGACUUCGAAUGUGAUUCAUCCUAUUAUUGAUUCAAUUAUUAUUUUGUCAUAUUUCUCAACAAACGGAUUUCGAGAAUAAUCUUAACUGAUUGGACGAGAAGAAUAUUGACUUUGAAUUGGCCAAUAAAAGGAUGUUUGAAAAGCCAAGAAGUACAGUAAGCUGAAUGGAUACGAAUCGCUUACGAUUUCAUGAUUUAUCCGCACUAUGGAUCGUCUUAUUUAUGUUUAUCCUAACUCCGAGCUGUCUAGCAUCGUACAGCAUCGGAGUUGGCAUAGCCGAUUCCACCGGACCCGUUGCAGAAGUUGUAUUUAUGGGAUAUGCAAAGAUGGAUCAAAAAGGAUCAGGAAUACAUCUUCGAACCUUCUCACGUACGUACAUCAUUGACGAUGGCGAGGAGAGAUUUGUUUUCGUCAGUGUUGAUAGUUCCAUGAUUGGAAAUGAGGUUCGAAAGGCGGUACUGCGUAAACUGAAGCCACUAUAUGGAAAUUUGUAUACGGAAAGAAACGUGAUGAUCAGCAGUACGCAUACGCAUUCUAGUCCAGGUGGCUUCAUGAUGGACGUACUCUUUGACCUUACCACAUAUGGUUUCAUCAAGGAAAGUUUCAAUGCCAUUGUAAACGGAAUAACAAGAAGUAUUAAACGUGCUCACGACAAUGUUGUACCUGGAAGAAUUUUCAUCACGCAAGGAGAAAUUUUGGACGCCAAUAUGAACAGAAGUCCAUUAGCUUAUCUCAAUAAUCCAAAGGCUGAAAGGGAUAAAUACGAUCAUAAUGUAGAUAAAACGAUGACGCAGCUACAGUUUAUCGGUGCCGAUAACCAAGCGUUGGGUGUCAUCAAUUGGUUUGCUGUUCAUCCAACAAGUAUGAACAAUACUAAUCAUUUAGUAUCGAGUGAUAAUGUGGGCUAUGCUUCGAUACUUUUUGAAAAAAUGAUGAAUAAAAAUGCUAUGAUCGGCAAGGGUCCUUUUGUCGCUACGUUCGCUUCUACAAAUUUAGGCGAUGUUUCACCAAACAUUCGCGGGCCAAAGUGCGAAUUUUCCGGAUUGAAUUGUACCGAGCAUUACACUUGUCCAGGGAAACAAGAAAUGUGUUUUGCUUCAGGACCUGGCAAAGAUAUGUUCGAGAGUACUAGUAUUAUAGCAAGAAAAAUGUUCAAUAAGGCGGCGGAACUUUGGAAGAAUGAUGUUAAGAAGGAAGUGAUCGGUUCGAUACGUGUUGUACAUCAAUUUGUUGAUAUGCCUAAGGAAUCCGCAACAUAUUUUAAUACAACUACAGGAGACGUACAGGAGGUACAUGGUUGCUUACCAGCAAUGGGCUAUAGUUUUGCUGCCGGCUCUAUAGAUGGACCAGGAUCGUUCUCUUUCGAGCAAGGUACAACAACUACCAAUCCUUUUUGGAAUACAGUGCGAAAUUUCUUGGCUACUCCUACGGAAGAAGAUAUUCUUUGUCACGGCGCCAAGCCGAUCUUACUUGCCACAGGUCGAAUGAAGUUCCCGUACGAGUGGCAACCGAGAAUCGUUUCGACGCAAGUCGCUCUUAUUGGAAAUGUUAUUAUAGCCGGAGUACCAGGUGAAUUCACAACGAUGUCCGGGAGAAGACUAAGAGAGACUAUUAAAACUGCUACGAAUAGCAUUACAUACGAUGAGGAUUAUUCUAUAAUAAUCGCAGGUCUUUGUAACACGUACAGUGAUUACAUUACCACGCCAGAGGAAUAUCAAAUUCAAAGGUACGAAGGAGCAUCCACUAUAUACGGUCCGCAUACGCUUACUAUCUAUCUAAAGUUAUAUCAAGAACUCGUAAUGGCAGCCAUUCAUAAGAAAGAAGUUAAGCCCGGUCCAAAUCCACUGGAUUUAAGUUCGAAGAAAAUGAUUACCUUUCUUACGCCAGUGCUGUUCGACACGGCAAAGUGGAGACAACGUUUCGGCGAUUGUGUUGAACAACCAAAAUCUAUCGUUUAUCCUGGGGAUAUUGUUAGGGUAUCUUUCAUCUCUGGACAUCCACGAAACAACUUGAUGACGGAUAACUCGUAUUUGAUAGUUGAGCGAUUAUUGAAAAACAAUACAUGGAUUACUAUUGCUACUGAUGCCGACUGGGAAACGAAAUUCGAGUGGGUUAGAACGUCUGUAGUUCUUGGCUCGAGUCAAGUUUACAUUACAUGGGAAAUUCCAGAAGAUGUAAAACAGGGUAAAUAUCGUAUCAAACAUUUAGGAUAUUAUCGUUACAUUUUCGGAGGUGUCUACCCUUAUGAAGGAGUUUCUAAUACCUUCAAAGUGAUUCAGCCUGAACCUAAUAUCCGUCGACGAAGACAUGCUUAGUUAUAUAUUUUGCCAUGUAGCAUUUUUUAAUCAUUCAAUGAAAUGAAUACGCUUAAUAA